AUGAGUUGCUCAACUGGAUUUGCCACAAAGAAACCUGUGGCAAUAGAAUUGCAUACUCUCCUACACGAGAAGCAACGAUACAUACACAAAAGGAUUAGAGAAAAGUACAAGAAGAUGACUACCGUUGAGGGAAUGUUGGAUAUUGGCAAGCAUUGUACGAUAUGUCGCCAACUAGACUUUUUGCCAUUUGAAUGUCGAAUAUGUUCAAAAUGUUUUUGUGGGAAACACAGAGAUGAGUACAACCAGCACAAAUGUGUUGUUGAUGCGCAGAGGAAGAAGGUGUUAGAGAGGGAGAAGAUGAAGGUUGAUGUGAGCCAGCUGCCAAAGGCGUCAGAGUUGUUCCCCGACUUGGAGAAGAUACGUGCUGAGGCCCAAACCAAGUACGAAAAGGACAAGAAGAAGACCAUUGGGGAGAGGCUAAGCAAGGACGGGGGCAAUGAGAAGCUGACUAGUAUUGAGGUUGCGAUGUUGAGGCUCAAGAAGUUGCUUGGGAACACUCGAGUUGUAGCUGAGAGUAGGCCAGGUAUUUUCGGAUUUAAAAAGACCAGCAGCAAGGCGAGCCAGGUUGUUGAGAUGAACAAGCUGAAGAGAAGUGCCAUUGGAGAUGGCAGAGUUCCCAUUGGCGAUCGAGUAUAUGUGUGGGUCCAUUUUAAUGAUGAUGAAGAUUGCAAAUUCAAUGGCAGAAAUUCCCAGUAUUUCAGCAAGAAAUGGCCUGUUGGGAAGAUGCUGGACAGCAGUGCCCAACUGGCCAACAUCAAGAAUUUGAACAACCAAACUGUUGACGAGUCGCUCAAACUGGCCAUGUUCAAAAGAGUCAAGAAGACGGGCAAUGUGACCGCCGACGAGGAGUUUGUAUAUAUCCCAUUAAACGGGCGUGUUGAAAUGAGAUAA